AAUUGAUCAGAUGAAUUUCCCGGAAAGGGGCGUGCCCAAUCAGCUAGUCAUCGUGGGGGGAAGAUUGUCAAGCCUCUAAAGGGAGAAGGAGGAGGGAACACUCACGGACACAAGCACACUGGGAGAACCCAGAGGGCAGCACACCGAUCAGCCGAACAACUUUGGAAAUUAAUCGCAAGGCAAAGGAAAGGGCUGACUUUGGAGACAUGAACGUUCUGCACGUGAGGCAACUUAUGCUUUUUUGUUUUUUCUGUGGUGGAUGUUGGCAUGCUACAGACGCUAGUCAUUACCAAAGAUUGGAAGAUGGACUUGUGUUCAGAACGGUCCGAGAAGAUGAACCUGCUCAACUCUCAUGGAGAGAGGAUGACGAGCAGCAGCAAGUCCAGAAUCUUUUCAAAAGAUUCCUGUUUCAUUAUUCAAAAGCGAAGACCUCUGAUGACCCGCAGGAGAACAUGAAGCCCAACUCUGUUCACCCUCUGAUGCGAUUAUCACCCAAACUGUCUCAGCGGCGGAAGAAAACAGUGGUUCUUCUGAAUAUUUGAGAUUGGUCACUACGACGUCACGCUUGAGAAAAGAUAACCAAGAAGUUGACAGGAGAGGUAACUUCCGGAUGUCAGUGGACGGG